AUGUUCACCAAUUGGGCUGCUGCUCUCAAAAAGCGAGACUGGUAUAUUGGGGAGCACGUCAAUAAUGUUGUCAUUGUCGCCGUUUGGUUGAAGGGGUUCCCUGGGGUCUACGACGCUUACAACAUCACUGGCGCUCUCGACAUUGACGAGCGCGACGUGUUCUUACAUGAAGUCUUGGUCCGGGGUCCUAUUUGGGCCAACGACUACCGUAUCCUAGCGAUACUUCCUGACAGCGGAAAACCCAAACCUGCGGUACUCUCCCUCGUCAGCUUCAACUUGGAGGCUCGAAUCCCUCCAGAUUUCAUCUCUGGGGUGCGAGAGAAAACAGAGAUUAUGAUGAAUCUUCGCCCAAACGCGACAAAGAGGCUUCAAAAUGAGGUUUUCUCGCUCACCGGGACCAGAGACGAUGAUAAGUUCUAUCGCUUAGUCCUCUCCAUUGUUGGCCUUGGGUAUACCUCUGAGGGCAGCAACAAAGGCACCACCCCGACGAUCAUUUCAUUGGUUUCUGGGCCUCUCCGGUGGUGCAUUCUAUCCACAGAUACCCCGUCGCAGCUUGAAGGGAUGCCGUCUUGGACGGAAUGA